CGUAGCUAAAAAAACGAAGAUAAUGCAAAGACCGUAAAGCUAAGUAAGGUUUUUGACACAAAUUCUUACCAACAUGGACAUAACGACAUUAUCACCCGAGGACUUCACCGAGUAUAAUUUCCUCAACGAAUCUCUUCACUUCGUGAACGGCACAUCCAAGCCAUGCGUCACCCCACAUUUGGGCAAGAUAUUCAGUAUAAUCCUGAAGGUGGUGUACGUCAUCGGCAUCCUCGGAAAUGGUGUUGCGAUCAUGUGUCUGAGGAAGGGAGAGAAGAGAGUACGCAACAGGAAACAUCUGCUGCUGCUUACUUCCUUAGCCUCUAACGACAUCGUUGCCUUGGUGGGCAUGAUGGCAUCGAUGUUGGUAGCCGAGGCCAUCCCGUGGGUGAGCGCGACGCGCGCGUACUGCGCCAUACGUGUGGUUCUGCGUGUGUUCGGCAUCGGCAGCGUUUGCAUCGCCGUCACUAUGGCGUUGGAGCGGUACCUGGCACUCACUAGGCCGUUUCUCUAUCAGAAGCAAGUGACAUACUACGUGAUCCGCACGGCUCUGCUCGCCGGGUGGUUCUGGGCGGCGGUGCUGACGUGCGCGCCGGUGCUGGGGCUCGGGCUGUACUACAACGAGAGCACCGGCUGCUGUAUGCGCUACCGCAUGGCUGUCGAGACUACCGACGUCGUCUACGCCUGGAUCUACGUCACGUUCGGUGCCCUGCUGUGCGUGAUUCUUGUAUACUGCAACUUGGCGGUUAUCCGCGCACUAUACGAGAUAAGCGCGCCUCGCGGGGCUCCUGUGAUGCGCCGAGUCUCCAAGAGCAGCUGUCGGCAAAGAGCCACCGUGCCCGCCUCUGAAGCCGGCCACCACAAUCCCGCCACGGCUGAGGAAGUCGCCUUCAGCAGACUUAUGGCGACACUGUCUGUACUGUUCAUGAUCUGCUGGCUGCCACAAAUGAUAACGUCGUCCCUAUAUUUGUCCUUGAACUCGCGCUACUGGCCGCGUCUGGCGCCACUGGGGGCCAUCUCAGACCUGCUCAUGCUGCUCAACUACGUGCUCGACCCCGUGCUCUAUGUGCUGAUGCGCCGCUCGCGCCCUCGCUGCCUGCGAGCGCUGAGCCACGCUCUUGCGCAUUGUUUUAAGCGGAACCACAAGACAUCGACGGAGUCGAUGAAGACAUCGUGCUGCCCGCAGGAGACACUGUUGGUGAGCGAUAGCUCGGGCGCCGAGAUGAAGCCGCUGCGCGCGUUGCCGGCGCCCACUCCCGCGCACUUGCUGGACUGACCGUGGAGAGACCGCCCUCUCUAGACACUUGUCUAGUCGGGGAGCUUGUUCGAAGUCUACAAAGUUGAAUAGACCAUGAAGACAGAGCUUCCCGCAGGACACACCUGGCAGCUCGGGCACCGAGUUGAAGCAGCUACGUUGGCUUACGGCGCGCGGUGUUCGAGCUCGAAUGACCAGUGAGCGACCGCCACUCUCCAGACGCGAUCUGGAGGGCUCAGUGUUUCUAUGACUACGUGACAUGUGAUUGUGAUUAAACUUGCUCGAAUGUGAACUUUACAGUUAAUACGAUGACUUGUGUAUGUGCAUGCUUGGAUGAAGUAAUUUUAAGUAGGUACAUUGACAAAGUUGUUUCUCUCCUAAAGAAAAAGGGAACAUUUUAAGUCAUGAAGUAAAGUAUGAGACUAUAGGCUAAAAAGAUGAUUAUGAUGUAAGAACCUAUGCUUUAUAUAACAUAACGAUGUAUGUAAAUGUAAAACUUAGGAAAUAGGUAACCAUAAGACAGAAAAUAUACCAAAUGCACCUUCUAAGGAGUCGGUUAAAGAAACAUCACUUCGUUCUUAUAGACAAAAAUAUCUAGGUUGAACCUGAGGACUAUAACAUGUAGGUACCUACCUAUCUACAUAUUAUCUAUAGUUCGUUUUUUUUUGCAUUAGAAAGAACUUGAAAGAAGGUAAGCAAUCUUGACAUGUCUUUUAAUAGAAAAAUGCUUUUUAAAAAUCAGUAACUAUUAGGUACUUAUGAAAGCAGAACUAGCAGAAGAAUAUAAAUGAUCGUAUGAGAUUCAUAGUUGUUACAUAUUUGCCGUAACUUAUUUUUAAAAUGUGUUUUUCAGUUAAAAGACACAUCAAGAUUGUUUACCUUAUUUCUAAUGCUAAAAAAACGAACUAUAAGUAUGCAAAUUCGUUUAACAUAGGUAGGUAAAUGAUUAAAU